AGUUGGUUCCAAAGGCAACCCAUCAAACAUGAAUUUCAUCAAGACUGUUUCACCCCCGCUCCGCCGUGCAACCGCUUUCACACCCUGAGUGGCGAGUGCGUUGGUUGGAGACUGAAGAGCCGCACAGCAUUCGGAAACAGUGCAUAGCGCACCGAAUUCGGAUCCCAGUGUAUCCUACGUAGCUAACGCAGUUAAAAUAUAUCACUGUGUAGAAUAUAAUCAAUACAUUUCUGGGGGAACAGUUCUCUUUAUAAACGAAUUGGACUGUUGUUAUAACGAUCAGACAUCACUCCCCACUCCAGGAUGUGUGACUGUGACGUGGAUGUGUCCUCAGAGCCCACCAGUCCCAGGCUCUAUGGUGAGUCCUCUGACAAAUACUACCAUGUGGACCGCUGGCAGAAGCUCCGCACCGCCGUCCGCAAGCUGGAGUUCUGGGAGAACUUCACCGCCGAGCUCAUCGGGAGUGGCUUCUUCUCCAAAGUCUACAAGGUGAUUCACAGUACGAGCCAUAAGGUGAUGGUGGUGAAGAUCUAUAAGAAUGAUGUGGACCAGGAUAGCAUCGUGCGUGAGAUCAGCUUACUGCAAAAACUCUCCCAUCCCAACAUAGUCAGGUAUCUGGGGAUAUGUGUGAAGGAAGAUAAACUCUACCCUAUUUUAGAGUAUGUUAGUGGAGGAUGUCUGGAGGAACUGUUGGCCAGGAAGGAUGUGUCUCUGUGCUGGAGGGAGAAGGUGGACCUGGCCUGUGACAUCACCAGAGGAAUGAUCUACCUGCAUUACAAGAACAUCUACCACAGGGACCUCAACUCCAAGAACUGUCUGAUCCGUGUGACGGCGCGGGGCAGGGAGGCCCUGGUCACAGACUUUGGCCUGGCCAGAGAGGUGGUGGAGCUGCCGGUUAAAGACCCAGAGAGGAAGCUCUCCCUGGUGGGAUCUGCCUUCUGGAUGGCCCCGGAAAUGCUGCGUGGGGAACCCUACGAUCGCAAGGUGGAUGUAUUUUCCUUUGGAAUUAUGCUCUGUGAAAUACUGGCAAGGAUCCCUGCAGACCCAGAGAUUCUACCAAGAACCCAGGACUAUGGCCUGGAUGUGAGUGCGUUUAGGGAGCUGGUGGGCGGGUGUCCUCAGCGCGUGUUGGAGCUGGCAGCCAGCUGCUGUCUGAUGGAGUCCUUCAGGAGACCAGCAUUCACAGAACUGCUGGAUGAACUGGGGGAGAUCGCUGAGACUCUGGAACCGCCCCCUAACCCGCCCCCUAACUCAGAGCUGACCACUGGGUGAGCUGCCUGGGUUGGCCGAAGCCCCACCCACCCAUCUAUCCUGAGGAGGAUUUGGGAUUUGUAUAUGGGCUCAAUCCCAAAUGGCACCUUAUUCCUUAUAUAGUGUACUAUGUUUUACCAGGGCCUUGUGCUCUGGUCAAAAGUACUGCACUAUAAAGGGAAUAGUGUACCAUUUGGAAAGCAACAAUAGACAGUUGCACAGGGGCAGGGGCACAACACUUCACCAGGAUGACCUCUCUACAGGGGCUGACCUCUCUGUUUGUGCCUGCCUACACUGCACCUAAACUGCACCUACAGAUGUGUCGGGGGGUAGCUCCACAGUUUUCAAGUGAGACCCUGGUGGAUUAAUGGAUGGAAUAGACCGUAUGUAUCUUGAAGAGAGGGUUUCUUUGGAAGGUUUCUUUGACCAGUUCACACACUUUGUGAUAGAAGUUGGGCAUAAUUUUGUUUAACGGCAUGUCUUUCCUUAACUUAUAUUUUCUUAAUCUUAAUAUCAUAUGCUGCUUUUUUGUUUAAAUUUGUUGUGUUGUUGUUGUUAAUGUUUAUGACAGUGUUUCGUGAUGUAACUGAGUAUGAUGAGGAUGAUGAUGAUGGAGGAUGAUGAUGAUGGAGGAUGAUGAUGAUGGAGGAUGAUGAUGAUGGAGGAUGAUGGUGAUGGAGGAUGAUGGUGAU